AUGUCUCAACCUUUUGAAACUCCAGUUGCCCAGUCGCAACAAUCUUAUCAGCCAUCUUCCGAUGCACCUCCGCCAAACCCACCGGAGAGCCAAGGACAUAGUUCCCAUGAGACGUGGUCUAACCCUGCUCCCAUUAGGAACCGCGCUCUUUCCAUCCGCACCAAGAACAAAUCUACUCCCUCCAAGGGCCAUGGUCGUGGUCGUGGGUUUACUUUCCGCUCCCUCCGCGAGUCCGUUCAGCCCGAGCUCUCUCGCAAGCUGUUCCGUCUAAUCAAGCUUGAGAAUGAUCUCAUUCACACACACGAGGCUGCGGGUCGCGAACGAACUGCCAUCGCCACGCAGCUCUCCGAAUGGGGUGAGCAGACCAGCGAUGAGGCAGUCAACGACAUUUCCGACAAGAUUGGCGUUAUUCUAAGUGAGAUGGGUGGAUUGGAGGAAACGUACGUUAAUUCGCUAGAUUUGUCGCGCACUCAUCUCAAGAUGAUCCGCGACACCGAGAGGAGCGUUCAACCAAGCCGCGAUGGAAAGAGCAAGCUUUACGACGAGUUCCAGAAGCUCAAGGCGAAGGAGCCUCAGAGUGCCAGGCUGGUCUUGCUAGAGCAGGAGCUUGUUAGAGCAGAGGCCGAGAAUCUAGUCGCCGAGGCGCAGUUGACAAAUGUUACUCGGCAAAAGCUCAAAGAAGCAUACGAUGUCGAGUUCAGCGCAAUCAUAGAACGCGCCGAGAAGCAAAUCAUUCUGGCCAAGCAUGGUCGUCGUCUCUUGGAGCUUCUGGACGAUAAGGCGCUGUCGCCGGGAGAUGCUCGCAUGCCCUAUGAAAACGGCGCUCAAGCUCGCCAAGUGCUGAAUGAUGCUGAAGAUGAUCUCAAAGAAUGGCAACCAGAGCACCACCACAAGGCUCUAAGCGAAAACGGAUCAGAGACAUCCAAGGGCAAGAGUCCGGUUGAACCCAGCGCUUAG